UUUAUUUCCCGGUCACUAGAUAUAAAUAUAUCCCUUUUUCAACUGUUUUUCCAAACAUUCGACCGGUUGCAUUGGAUGCAUAAGGGCUGAAAAUGCUUCCAAAGAUGAUUCGGUUUCUAACGAUUUGUUGUCUCAUCCUGUUUGUAAACGGCCAACGUUUCGAAGGAAUGCCGCCGGAAAUUCAACGUGUUAUAGGUCGUGAAAUCCGCGGAAAUGGUAAUGGCGAAUUCAUCGCGCUAGGUGGCGCAGGUAUUGGUGAACGUCAUAGUAACGGUUUACGUGAUGGCUGGGACGGAAACCCAGCUACUCGAGGAAUGCAAGCGGGCAUGCAAGUCGGCUUCCAGCAGGAUCCUAAUUUUAUGCAGGGCGGUUUUAUACAGGAUGGUGGUAUGAUGCACGGCGGCGGCGGCGGUAUGAUGCACGGCGGCGGCGGCGGUAUGAUGCACGGCGGCGGCGGUAUGAUGCAAGAUGGCUUUUUACAGGAUGGGGGCAUGAUGCAAGACGGAAGAAUGAUGCAGACAGGGCCGACAAUGCAAGGAGGCUUUUCGCAGAUUGUUGAUCCGAUUGUUGCUUCCGGUCGUCAAGAAAGCUUUGUGCCUCUCAGCUCCGUUUCCGGUGGAUAUAAUAUUCUAAACAGAUACGGCAGACGACAUCACCCGAAGAAAAACGUUAAGCAAACUCACCCAAAGAAACCAAUUAUCCAUCCAAAAAAGCCGAUAAUUCACCCUAAACGACCAGUCAUUCAUCCAAAGAAACCAAUUAUUCACCCCAAAAAACCAACAAGUUACCCAAAAAAACCAAUUAUUCAUCCAAAAAGGCCAAUAAUUCAUCCUAAAAGACCAAUUAUCCACCCAAAGAAACCAAUUAUUCAUCCAAAAAGACCGAUAAUUCACCCUAAAAGACCAAUUAUCCACCCAAAGAAACCAAUUAUUCAUCCCAAAAGACCAAACAUUUACCCAAAGAAACCAAUUAUUCAUCCAAAAAGGCCAAUAAUUCAUCCUAAAAGACCAAUUAUCCACCCAAAGAAACCAAUUAUUCAUCCCAAAAGGCCAAUAAUUCCUCAUAAAAGACCAAAUAUUUACCCAAAGAAACCAGUAAUUCACCCAAAGAAACCAUCUAUUUACCCGAAGAAACCAUCCAUUUACCCAAAGAAACCGGUUAGCUAUGGCGGAUACGGACGAAGAAGGACAUUCGGUGGAUACUAAGCCUUCCUUCAACUGCUUACAAGCUCAACAGGAAAAUCCGAGAAGUUCGAAUGAUAUUUAAAUAUUUCAAAUGAUCGUGAUGUUUAAUUUAUUAACAUACAUUUUUUUCUAUCUUGCAUCAUUUUAUGUGAAUAAAAGUGUUUUUUAUCCAAUGCUCAA